AUGAAUUUCUUCAAUUAUCAGUAUCUCAACCGAAAACAUCUGCAAGGUCUCAAUGAAUAUAAAUAUAAUGCUAUUGAUACAUCUCCUGUAUCGAUUUACAUCAUGCAACCUUUUUGGAAUUGGGGUGUUGAGUUUUUUCCACGUUGGUUUGCACCAAAUUUAAUGACAUUACUUGGUUUUCUUCUUCUUGUUGUUAAUUUUGUUAUGUUUUCAUAUUAUGAUUUUUAUUUUACUGAAGCACUUGUUCUUCCGAGAUGGGUUUGGCUUAUAGCAGCUAUAUGUCAAUUUUGUUCACAUCAAUUAGAUGGCAUGGAUGGAAAACAAGCUCGACGUACAAAGUCUAGUAGUGCAUUGGGAGAAUUAUUUGAUCACGGUGUUGAUUCCUGGGCUUGUUUUUUAUUUCCUGUUUGUAUUUUUUCUGCUAUAUCAAAAGACGAAUAUGGGUUUAGUCCAAUGGCUAUGCAUUUACUUCUUUGGACUAUUUAUAUAUCAUUUAUUGAUUCACAUUGGGAAAAAUAUAAUACGAAAGUUUUAUUUUUACCAUGGUCUUAUGAUAUAUCUAUGCUUGUCAUGACAAUAACAUAUUUAUUAGCAUAUUUUUAUACGCCAGCGGUUUUCCAUUUUGAUAUUCCAAUUUUGAAUAUUCCAUUCGCAAAACUUGUUGAAUACGUAUGGCCAAGCUUAGCUUUUACCACACCACCACAAACAAUAGAUGGUAGCAGAGGGUUCUAUACGAAAUAUGAUAAAAAACCAGAUCAAUUACCAAUUCGUUAUUUUACUCAAUUAAAACAUGCAGAUGUUCAAUCGAUUGUUUUCCAUGAUGUUCAUAGACCGAAACUAGAAUUAUUUUGUCAAAAUAAAGUUGUUUUUAGAAAAAAUGUUCAAAACCUAGUACGACCUUAUUUAUUUAUUGAUCUACCAAUGGUACUCGAUGAUGAAUUUUAUAUACGAAUUUUAUCUAUUGAUCCUAACUAUCGAACACCAUAA